AUGAACAGGCAAAAAGUUAAAUCCUUCGUUGGAGGGGUGGAAGGAGGAGCUGGUGGAGUACUUGGUGUGCUUGGCUGUCCGGGAAUACUUGGGAUUGGAAAGUGUGGUGGCCAUUGGAAGGUUGGUGGGCUUGGGGAUGAUCCUCCAGAAGGUGCAGUUGGAAGUGGCCAAAGUGGUGGCCAUGAAAAGGCUGGCGGGCUUGGUGUUGAUCCUCCAGAAGGUGGACUUGGUGAUGAACCUCCAGAAGGUGGACUUGGAAAUGGCCAGUGUGGUGGCCAAUGGAAUGUCGGUGUGCUUGGUGUUGAUCCUCCAGAAGGUGGACUUGGCGAUGAGCCUCCAGAAGGUGGACUUGGAAGUGGCCAGUGUGGUGGCCAAUGGAAUGCUGGUGGGCUUCCUCUAGAAGGUGGACUUGGUGAUGAUCCUCCCGAAGGUGGACUUGGAAGUGGCCACUGUGGUGGCCAAUGGAAUGUUGGUGGGCUUCCUCCAGAAGGUGGACUGGGUGAUGAACCUCCUGAAGGUGGACUUGGAAGUGGCCAAUGUGGUGGCCAAUGGAAAGCUGGUGGGCUAGGUGCCGAUCCUCCAGAAGGUGGACUUGGUGAUGAUCCUCCUGAAGGUGGACUUGGAAGUGGCCAGUGUGGUGGCCAAUGGAAAGCUGGAGCACUUGGUGAUGAGCCUCCAGAAGGUGGACUUGGUGAUCCUCCUGAAGGUGGACUUGGAAGUGGCCAGUGUGGUGGCCAAUGGAAACUCGGUGAGCUAGGUGAUGAUCCUCCAGAAGGUGGACUUGGAAGUGACCAAUGUGGUGGCCAUGAGAAAGUUGGUGGACCAGGCGACGAAGGUGGCCAUCCGAAGAAAGGUCUAGGAAAGAAAAGAUUGGGAUUUUUGGCCGAAGAAAUACUUGGAUGUGGUGGCCAAUGGAAUGUCGGUGUGCUUGGUGUUGAUCCUCCAGAAGGUGGACUUGGCGAUGAGCCUCCAGAAGGUGGACUUGGAAGUGGCCAGUGUGGUGGCCAAUGGAAUGUUGGUGGGAUUCCUCCAGAAGGUGGACUUGGUGAUGAUCCCUCAGAAGGUGGACUUGGAAGUGGCCAAUGUGGUGGCCAAUGGAAUGUUGGUGGGCUUCCUCCAGAAGGUGGACUUGGAAGUGGCCAAUGUGGUGGCCAAUGGAAAGCUAGUGGGCUAGGUUCUGAUCCUCCAGAAGGUGGACUUGGUGAUGAUCCUCCUGAAGGUGGACUUGGAAGUGGCCAGUGUGGUGGCCAAUGGAAAGCUGGUGCACCUUGUGAUGAGCCUUCGGAAGGUGGACUUGGUGAUCCUCCUGAAGGUGGACUUGGAAGUGGGCAGUGUGGUGGCCAAUGGAAACUCGGUGAGCUAGGUGAUGAUCUUCCAGAAGGUGGACUUGGAAGUGACCAAUGUGGUGGCCAUGAGAAAGUUGGUGGACUAGGCGAUGAAGGUGGCCAUCCGAAGAAAGGUCUAGGAAAGAAAAGAUUGGGAUUUUUGGCCGAAGAAAUACUUGGAGUGCACCACAAUAAAACAAAUAUAAUAGUGACUAACUUCAUUUGGCUCUCAUUGGUGGAAUCAGAUUUAAAAAAAAUGAAGAAAAUUGAAAUGAAAUAG